CAUUGCGAAUACUUGCAGGCAGGCAGCAUCACGAACAUGGCAAGCACAAACCUGACGCUGGAUGAGGCCAAGGCCUAUUUGAAGGAAGAGCGCGGUGGUGUCAACUUAUAUGACCAUUUGUCAGAAGUCCUUCUGAAGCUACUCGUGGAGCGCCCCAUUGAUGCGACCACCAUGUUUGAGCACUUGUCCUGCAGUGUUCGCCAAGAGCGCUUUAAUCGAGGUGAACCACCGAACAACGGAGAAAUUACGGCAGAGGCAGAAGCAGUAAAUCAACUUUCUAUGCUCCACAUCCUCAGACGAAACUGCAAACGUGUCAUGUGUAGAAGUCCGCCCAAGAAGCUUGGAGCAAGUCGGCCAUAGGACUGCUCAAGGUAUAACCACCACUUCAACUGUCGAUGAUAUGUCGUCCACCAGAUCCAAACAGAAGAUGGAGAGAUCGCCCAAGAUACCCCCAGUGGCGUAUCGGACCUGUUGGAUGAAGCCAACAUGUUUGAAUGGGCGGGCAUUGGUUUCUCCAAGGCGGAAACGUUUCGCCUGUCGUUGGCCCUUCAAAAGCUGGCGAGUUUGAACGGCACGACCAAGUUGCGCUUCUGGGGCAAGUUGCUUGGCACGACCGCGGACUUUUACGUAGCUGAAGGCGAACUUCCGGAGCCAUAUGAACCUGAAGACGCCGCGGCGGAAGAAGGGGCGAAUGGGCUGAACAAGAACACAUAUUGGGUUCUCAAAGAUGAUGGGUCGUAUCAAUGGACCAAGCUGCCACCCGUGCGUCGCGACCAAAUCGUCGCCGCGCGGGCGUUGCGUCGGUUCAUUCACGAUGACUUGGAGGGAAAGGUCCAUGGCCACCCCCCGUUUCCUGGCACGGAGAAGAACUUUAUUCGCGCACAAAUUGCUCGUAUUAAUGCUGGCACAGUUCUGUGCCCCGCCGGCUUCUUCAUCGUGUCGGAAGAAGGGGAACUGGAAGUUCCCGAAGAAGCCCCCGAACCAAAAACCGCGGCGGAGCUCGGAGACCCGAGUAACUGGGUGCAUUACACGAAAGAAAUCAACGAAAAGUACGGCCGGUCGACUCCAUUGCCCCCGAAUACCAAUGACGACGGCGAAGAAGUUCCGUGGGAAGGCGAGGAGUUCGCAGAGCCCCUUCGAGCUAUUUCCGAAGACAAGCCCGGUUCGUGGCGGGUCGACCGCUUGCCGUCCACGACGUCGGCGGCGGUAGGAGAAUUGGCCAUCGCGCGAUCCUUGACAUGGCCUGGAGCCGUGAGCAUCGGCGUCGGCAAAAAAUUCCUCAACGUGUACGUGGGGUAUGGCCUCAAAGCAAAGUUCGGGGUGGACCACCAAAUUCAAUUGCCACGAAAGCUGGCGACAGACUUUGGCGUCGCCGUCGAAGGAGAUACGAAUGUGCUCAAAUUCACGAAUUUGGUCGAACAGCCGGACGUGCUCGUGGACCCGUCGCCGCCUGAAGAAGGGGCUGAAGAGUAAAUACAAUUCCUAUCAUAGACGAACAGUUAGUUGUAUGCUAUAUUUCGUACCAUACUGUAUUUUGCCUGCGUUUUUCAAAACAGAAAUAUGUACUG